AUGGACGGAAUCGUCAACCGCAUCAACGUGCUCGCCGAUGAAAUCACCAAUCACGCCGCGGUGCUGAUGAAAAAACUGGAGGAAGUAGUGGCCGCUAAACCCCGUAAGGACCCUACCAACAACGUCUGCUUCACCUGUGGGGAAACGGGGCAUUGGGCGCCAGAUUGCCCGCAGAAAACCACCAAGAAAACUAAAGAGCGCGACCCGUGCUACAAGUGUGGGCAAGUGGGCCAUUGGAUUGCGGACUGUCCGAAACAGCAGGACGUUCCCAACACAAACCCCCCACCCACAGAAGAACCACCCAAAAAGAAGAGGAAAACUGCCGCCAAGAAAUCCAAGUCCGCGUAA